GAUCUACUUGACCAAGGUAAAAAAAAGAUACCUACCUUAGGUACAGUUGUAGAUGCUUCCAGAGAGCAUCAAGAAGAGUAGGUACUUAGACGGUACUUAGCCACAUGUGAUGAUGGCUGUUGUAGCGGAUGCUGUAGCGGAUGUUAGUGGCUUGGCUCCGGGCGCAGCCCCUCGCUGACGUCGCUCACAUUUUCGUCGGACCCCAGGUCACUCCCGGGUUCCGCUCACAGGAAGCCAAGCCACCAACAUCAGUCAAUUCCUCCCCACCAUUGAUCUCUAUCUUUCUCUUGCAUGAACAUCCAUACACGACGACGACUGUUGGUUCUGGCAUUUACACGAUUCCUUUUAUCAUCGCGAACACCGAACCCAGCCCAGACCCGCCAGCUCUUAGUACCAUCAUCCAUUGGCACAUCUUUCUUUCCGCCGAUCCUUUUCACGAACCGAUAGCUUUCGCAAACAUACCUACUAUAGACAAUCACGCCCUAACACCGCCAACAUGUCGUGGGCAGGGUUUAAGAAGAACGUCAAUCGUGCGACCACGCAGGUCAUGAUGAAGACAGGCCAUGUCGAGAAGACGAACGACCGCGAUUACGAAGUCGAAGAGAGGCGGUUCCGCACCAUGGAGGCUGCCGCCUUGCGCCUGCAAAAAGAAGCGAGAGGAUACCUAGACUCAUUGCGAGCCAUGACGGCAUCACAGAUGCGCAUAGCCGAGACAAUAGAUGCCUUUUAUGGCGAUUCUGGCGCAAGAGACGGCGUUAGUAGGAGUUACAAGCAGGCCGUAGAAGACUUAGAUGCCGAGACGAUCAAAGCGUUGGAUGGCCCAUACAGAACAACUGUACUAGAACCCAUUAGUCGCUUUUGCGCCUACUUCCCCGACGUGAAUGAGUGUAUCAAGAAGCGCGGUCACAAAUUACUCGACUACGAUGCCCUGCGAGCCAAGGUCAAAAAGCUAGCCGAGAAACCAGACAAGGAUGUGACAAAACUGCCCCGCACCGAGAAAGAAAUGGAAAUGGCCAAAGCAGCAUACGAACAACUCAACGAUCAGCUGUCUAGUGAAUUACCCCAGUUAAUCGACAUGCGAGUCCCCUACCUAGACCCGAGCUUUGAAGCCCUCGUCAAGAUCCAACUACGGUUCUGCGCCGAGGCGUACAGCAGGAUGGCCCAGGUCCAGCAAUAUCUUGAUGCCGACACUAGGGACCAAUACGCACAAGGUCACCUCGACCAGAGGGUAGAGCAGGUCUUGCAAGAAAUCCGGGAGCUGAGUAUCAGUGGCACAGUAUAAUCUGUGGCUUUUUGCUUCGAGAUGAUAAGAGCCGGGUGUGAAUAUGUUAAUCUCAAGGAGUUCGGUGCUUUCUCUUCUAGCGGCGGAAAUGGGGAACAUGCGACACGUUGCUGUGUUGAAGUUUUAAACCGGGGUGGA